AUGGCGAAGCAAAGGUCGAAACAGUAUGAACCGAGCAAGACUGGUCCUUUAAAGUUUGGUUUCGAUGGAGAAGAAGACAGUUGGGUGUUUGUUAAAAAGCAGAGAGUCAUCAUUGUAUUGCCUUCUCUUCCUCUCCCUGAACAUUUCACUCCGGAGAAGCCUGAGACUUCUCAGUCACAAGCUGAGUUAAGAGACGGUAUUGCGGAUAUGCAAGCAGAAGCUACUCCUGUUCAUCACACUGUGGUGGUGCCUUCUCUUCCGAUACCUGAACAAUUCAUUUUGCAGAAGCCUGAAACUUCUCAAUCACAAGCUGAGUUACGAGUGGAUAUGCGCGGAACUUCUCUCGCUCAUACAAUGGUGCCUUCUCGUCAUGUAUCUGAACAUUCCACUCUGCAGAAACCUGAAACUUCGCAAUCACAACCUGAGUUAGGAGCUGAUAAGCACGAAACUACUCUUGUUCACACAGUGGUGCCUUCUCUUCAAUCACAAGCUGAUGUUAUUGAAGAUGCACACAUAGUGGUGCCUUCUGUUCCUGUAACUGAACAUGGCAUUUUGGAGAAGCCUGCAGCUUCUCGUUCAAAAUCUGUACUGAGAGGCUUGGUUGGAGAUACUCAUGUUUACACUGUGGAGCCCGAGGCUUGUCCUGAUUUCACCGCAGUGGACAAACCGGAGAUAGUUAGAAGCCGCAAUCUCGCAACCAGGAAAGCUCCAGCUCAGAGGAGAUCACAUCAAGAUAUUAGAACGCAUGCGAGUAGAAGAGUGGAGAAUCACAGGAGCCGUACGCGUCGCAAGCCUUUGAGGUUUCCUAGAGUGAUGUGCAGCUCUGUUGUAAUGGACAACGAGAAGCUGAGAGUGGUGAACCUGGAGAAGAAGGUUGAGAAAGCGGGCGGGUUGAACGAAUGGGUCGGGUCGAUAGGGUUGGGGAGAGAGUUUGAGAGGAUGUUGAGAGGACAGAGGAUGAACAAGUUUCAGGUGGCGAAUCUGACAAUGGAGAAGCUUAAGCAUAUGGGUGCUUUAGCCGUUGGGCCAAGAAGAAAGCUUAUACAUGCUAUUCAUUGUGUCUAUCACCCACAUUGUCUUCGUGCUUCCUUCAACUAA